AUGUAAAAAUUGUUGUUCACGGAGGAAGGGUUACAGAUAAUGAGAAGUAGGAAUAGCGAUCCAAUAAAACAAAACACUGAAAGUAAAGGGAUAUCAAUAAGACCAAAAUGUUUGCGAAUUCAAUCGUUAUCAAGAUAAUGUAACCGUGUCAGAGUGGGGACAUUGAAGAAUACAUUUAACUUGUCGAGCCCAGAAAAUCUACUUUAAGUUCUGCCCUUCACAAGAUAGAAGCACAAGGCGACUAGUAUACCUUAGGUGCUUUCGGUUGAUCAAUUGUACGGGAGAUAGUAGGAAGAUUUGUUGUAAAUGGCAGCAAGUCAUUUGCAUUUGCCUAAUGGAAUAGGGAAGGAUGGAAUGGGAAGACAUCACUUACAGUCAAUUCGGUUGAGAACUGGCGAUUGGUAUCAAUGGAAGAAUAUUCCGAUGCUGGCAUGCGUAGUGGACGAUUUUCAGAAGAAGUUAAAAUUGUAGUAAACAUCUGAGGAGGAAGAACAUAUGAAAGCAGAGAAACGAUAAAUACAGCAUGAGUUUGAGAUGAAGAAGGUCGAGCAGAUUCAAAGAAAAACGUAGUAAAAUUUGAAUCAGGUUUUGGAAUAGAAAUCAUUGACUUAUAAUAUAGAUCUAGACGAGUUUUGGAGGUAGAUGAAGGAGAAUAGCAAAUACUUUUAGCAUCAUACAGAUGAGAUGGUGAAGAGUAAGGCUAGCAAAAGAGAGAGAUUGGAGAAAUUUUAGAAGAAAUUUACAGAUAAAAAGGUCUACAUCCCACAAAUACAGAAGCAGAAUGUUAAUAAUAGGGAAACAGCAUAUUAUGAUAUAUGA